AUGGAAAAUCAAACUUCGGACAUUGAAGAAAAUAAAAUACUUCCUGGUACAUUAAUUGAUUCUACUGAAAAAAUUGUUCAGCAUUUAUCUUCUCAACGCCGAUGUUCCGUUAGUCAUAAUCAAGCAGCAUUAGUAGAACUUCAUAUCCAUCUUGAUGGUUCAUUUCGACAUUCGACAUUAUUUGAUUUAGCUCAACAGAAAGGAUUAAAACUUGUUGAUGGCAAGGAAUUGACCCUAGAAAAUUUUCUACCAUAUGUUUGUAUAGAAGCAGUUUGUAGAUCACUGGCUGAAUUCCUUGAAAAAUUUCCUUUUUUUACACCAAUUGUUGCCGGUGACGUUGAGGCUCUCGAACGUGUUGCAUACGAAUUUGUUGAAGAUCAAGCUAUACAAGGUGUACUCUAUACUGAAACUCGUUAUAGUCCACAUUAUUUAACAGCUGAUAAACUUCAACCAGAAGAAGUAAUCGAAGCAAUUAAUUGUGGUCUUCGACGUGGCAUGAAAGAAUAUAAUGUCGAUGUCCGAACCAUACUAUGUUGUGUACGACAAAAUCCGGAAUGGUCGAUGGAAAUUGUCAAAUUAGCAGAUCAAUAUCGUUCAGCAGGUGUUGUUGGUAUCGAUCUUGCUGGGGAUGAACAUAAUUAUCCCAUUCAUCCACAUAUUCCAGCUUUUAAACGUGCAGUCGAACUUGGUAUACAUCGUACAAUACAUGCUGGUGAAACCGGUUCAGUUGAAUCAGUUCGUCAAGCAAUUGAACUAUGUCAUGCUGAGCGCAUUGGUCAUGGUUAUACUAUCGUUGAUGAUCCAUUGAUAUAUGAUUACAUUCGUCGUAAUGAUAUUCAUAUUGAAUGCUGUUUAACAUCAUCGAUUCAAACAAAUGCCAUUGCCAAAUAUAUUCCCGAAGAUAGCGAAAAACGAGAAAAAAAUUUCGUUUUGAAUGGUCAAGAAACAAAAACAAGAUUACAUUCGCAUAUAAGAUCAAAAAAGGAAAUCUGGCAUCCAAUACAUCAUUUUGCUCGUGACGCUUUAAAUUUCUCAUUAUCAUGUGAUGAUCCGUCUGUAUCUCAAAUAACUAUUGAACAUGAAUAUGAACAUGCAUUAGCUGAUUUAAAAUUAUCACCGGCACAAUUAGCUCAAUGUGUUUUUAAUGCAGCACGUUCAGCAUUUUUAACUAAUACUGAAAAAAAAAUAUUAAUUCAACGUUUAGUUCCUAGAUACAUUCCAAUCGGGAUUCUUCAAGAUCAUUUACAUGAUACUAUAAGACACACACCAAUUAUCACAAUCAAUGGUCUUAAUCAUUCCAAACCAGUUGUAUCGUUAGCUCAAGGCUAUAUCUAUCAAGGUGGUCUAGAGGGAGAUGCAAUGACGAGACUGUAUUUUGAUGAACAACAUCUGAGAAACAAUGUUUUUAUGUGGACAGGAAUAAGAACAGUACCUUUUGAUGCAUCAGCCCUACCAUGGAAUUUUGCUUCAGAUCCGGUUCAGUACUAUGUUGAAGUUGCCACAUCACUCAUUGCAAUGCAAGGAGGUAUGGAAGUGUACGGUGCCGCUUCUACAUCAUCAAAUCGAGACUAUUGGUGGGAUUGGAUCUGA